UUAUCAUUUCAUCAUCGCUCACACUGCACUCUGUGUUCGGUUUCGUUGCAGUGUUUCUACAAUGGCGACGAUUACCUUCUCUUUCUCCGCCAAAACCCUAACCCUACCCUUUCACUCCAAAACCCCUUCACUCUUCAACUUCUUCAAUCCCAGCCUCAACUUCAACCGGGUUGCCCCGCGUUCUAUCCGGGCAAUUACCCGUGCCCGGAACCCUACCCGGAUUCGUGCGGGGCUGGAUGAGGAUUACUCGGCGAAGAGGAGCAGUAGCAGUGAGCAGAGGGAGACGAUUAUGCUCCCUGGUUGCGAUUACAAUCAUUGGCUCAUUGUCAUGGAGUUUCCUAAGGACCCUGCUCCUUCACGUGAGCAGAUGAUUGAGACUUACCUCUUUACUCUCUCCACUGUUCUUGGAAGCAUGGAAGAAGCAAAGAAGAACAUGUAUGCCUUUAGCACCACCACCUACACUGGAUUUCAGUGCACUGUUGAUGAAGCAACAUCCGAGAAAUUCAAGGGUUUGCCUGGGGUUCUCUGGGUACUGCCAGACUCUUAUAUAGAUGUUAAAAACAAAGACUAUGGAGGUGACAAGUACAUAAAUGGGGAGAUCAUCCCUUCCAAGUACCCUACUUACCAACCAAAACGUAGUGGAGGAUCAAGGAAUGACAGUAGAAGGUACGAGAGAAAGAGAGAUGGCCCUCCUACUGAUCGUAGAAGGCCAAAACAAGAGGCAGAGACGACGUCAAAGGAUUCAUCCUCUACAUAAGGCGAUUUUCAGUUUUGUUCUGAGUAAUGUCAAACGAAGCAAUUUGUUGCUCCUUACACAGCAUUAUCACGGUCGCGGGCAUGCUCAUUUAACACAAAAGGGUAUAUCUUGAUUCAUAUCCUCACUAGAUGCAUACAGUUUUUAUGGCAAGCUCAAAGGGGCUCAAAGGGGUAUUUCACGAUUCAUCUCGAGGAGUAUGUGAUUUUAGAUCGAGUAUGAUGUGUAACACAGGUGUUACAUGUAUUUGUCUGUGUAAUUUGGGGUUCACUUAUCGCUCAAUCAGUGUGUUUUUUGUGAUAAGUAUUUUUGCGGAGUUUCUGGGCAAAAUUGAACAUAAAGUAACUGAUAGGGACUGCACAAUUUAUGUUUGGUGCAUAUUUAGCUUUUUGCCAUUAAGUAGCCAGUUAAUGAAGCACAAGUCCUGUUGCUAUGA